CGGCGGAAUGCGCAGCGCGCAGCCUCCAGAGGCUAUAAAAACCUGCCUCGUCCUAGCUAGCUAGUCACACGUCUCAUUCAAGCGCUCUGCCGGCCAGCCUAGUGCUCUCGGCUUUCUUUCAUCUCCCUCCUUUUGCCACUUGCUGUAGCUUUAAUUUGCCUGGCACUUUGCACGUUGUGGCCGGCCGGGGCCUGUGCUUCCAUUGGUCGGCAGCAAGCAAGCAAGGCUAGCUAGCGUCCGUGGAUCAGUCAUGGGCAGCCAGAGGCAGAGGCACCGAGCGGUCACUGGCCUCCCGGCGGCGGGCGCGCGGAUGCUGGCCCUGCUGUGCGCGUCGUCGUGGGUGCUGGUGCUCACGACGGCGCAGAACUACAGCGCCAUCUUCAACUUCGGCGACUCGAUCACCGACACCGGCAACCUGUGCACCAGCGGCAGGCCGUCGCAGAUCACCUUCACGCAGCCCCCCUACGGCGAGACCUACUUCGGCACGCCGACGUGCCGCUGCUCCGACGGCCGCGUCGUCGUCGACUUCCUGAGCACCCAGUUCGGGCUGCCGUUCCUGCCGCCGUCCAAGUCGAGCAGCGCGGACUUCAGGCAGGGCGCCAACAUGGCGAUCACGGGCGCCACGGCCAUGGACGCCCCCUUCUUCCGCUCGCUCGGGCUCUCCGACAAGAUCUGGAACAACGGGCCCAUCAGCUUUCAGCUGCAGUGGUUCCAGCAGAUCGCCACCUCCGUCUGCGGACAGAGCUGCAAGAGCUACCUGGGCAACUCCCUGUUCGUGUUCGGCGAGUUCGGCGGCAACGACUACAACGCCAUGAUCUUCGGCGGCUACUCCAUCGAGCAGGCCAGGAAAUACGUCCCCAAGAUCGUCAACACCAUCUCGAGGGGCAUCGAUAAACUGAUCGCCAUGGGCGCGACCGACAUCGUCGUCCCCGGGGUGCUUCCCAUCGGGUGCUUCCCCAUCUAUCUGACCAUCUACCAGAGCUCCAACGGCAGCGACUACGACAGUCUCGGCUGCCUCAACAGCUUCAACGACCUGUCCACGUACCACAACUCCCUGCUCCAGAAGAGGGUGGACAUCAUCCAGAGCCGGCACAGGAAGACGGCGCGCAUCAUGUACGCCGACUUCUACUCCGCCGUCUACGACAUGGUCCGCAACCCACAGAGCUACGGGUUCAGCUCGGUGUUCGAGACGUGCUGCGGAUCAGGCGGCGGCAAGUACAACUACCAGAACAGCGCGCGGUGCGGCAUGGCGGGCGCCGCCGCGUGCUCUAGCCCGGCGUCGCACCUCAGCUGGGACGGCAUCCACCUCACGGAGGCCGCGUACAAGCACAUCACCGACGCCUGGCUCAGGGGGCCGUACUGCCGCCCGCCCAUCCUGCACAACUAAUCCACAGUGCAUAUGGACAUGCUGGACCGGCGGCCGGCAGCGCGUUGUCUUUUUUAUAAAUAAUUUAUUUAUUAUUCGUACAAGCUUUGGUUGGAUCCAUCGGGGCGCCGGGGGUUAUUAAUUAUAGCAUUGGUUGGUCCUUUCGUUAUAUUUGACCAUAUAUUUUUUUUGUUUGGGGUAAGGUGUUUAUUAUAUUUUGCGUUGCUAAAGAAAAAGAGCUGACGAUGGCAAAGUGUACGUGGAAUACGAUGAUAAUGCCAUGAUU